AUGUGGAGCAUUAGUAAAAGGUUGGAAUCUUUGCGGCGUCAGAAGUCUAGAGCUACUGGUGUAAAGUUGGGUGAUCAUAAUACUAGAUUUUUCCAGCUACCAGCAACUAAUCGGGGAAGAAGAAAUUUUGUAGGAAGGAUUUCAUCCAAUGGCGGUUGGAUAACUGACCCUACAGAACUCAAGGCCGAAGCAGUUAAUUUCUUCUCAGGUCUGUCUUCAACCGAAAAUUGGUCACGACUGAAUAUUGGAGGACACGAUUUCAGAAAGCUCAGCAGUCUCUCGGAUGGUUUCUUGGAGAGGAAAGUGUAUUUAAAUGAAAUGAAGCUAGCUGUACGGAUCUGUGAUUGUUCGAAAGCUCCAGGACCUUAUGGUUUUAACUUCAUAUUCCACAAACGGGCUUGGAAUUUUUUCAGUGGAGACUUUUUUCACUUGGCUUCGAGAUUUUCCAGAAAGAGAAUUUUGCCAAGAAGAAUCAAUGAUGCCUAUAUUAGUUUGAUUUCAAAGGAGAAGGAUGCUGUUGCUUUUUCGGAAUUCAGACCAAUUAGCUUAGUGAAUUCAGAGGCUUGUCUGUUCUUAUUGAGAGAGAUGAGGAUGGCGGAUUCUUUACUGGUAUCUCCUUGGGACAUGGUCUAA